AUGUCAACAUUAGAAAAAGUUUCAGAAAGAAUUAAAAAUUCUUUAUUUGUACCAAUAGAUAAUAAUAAUAUGCAAGAUUCAAUAAAUUCAAAUGAAGUUAGUGGUCAAGUAGCAACUUUAUUUGCAAAUGUACCAUUAGGACCAGUAGAUCCAAUUUUAGGUGUUUCAACAGCUUUCAAAGCAGACACUGACCCAAGAAAAGUAGAUACAUCAGUUGGAGCAUAUAGAGAUGAAAAUGGUAAACCAUACGUAUUGAAAUGUGUAUUUGAAGCAGAGAAAAGAUUAUUGGGAGCACCAAAAGAGUAUCUCCCAAUCGAUGGUAUUCCAGAGUUCAAUAAAUUAUCAGCCAAACUUUUAUAUGGAGAUGCAAUGGUUGGCAAAGAGAAGAGAAUGGUAACAGUUCAAGCAUUGUCAGGUACCGGUGCAUUACGUAUUGGUAUCAUUUUCAUUCGUAAAUAUUUACCAGCCGGUACCGUAGUGUACAUUUCACGUCCAUCAUGGACCAAUCAUCAUAACAUUUGCAAGGAGAGUGGUGUCCAAUCGGCCGAAUACGCCUACUACGAUCCAAAGACCAAGGGUUUGGAUUUCACUGGCAUGAUCAACGAUAUGAGAGCCGCCCCAAAUGGCAGUGUCUUUGUGUUGCAUCUCUGCGCCCACAACCCAACUGGUGUCGACCCAACCCACGAGCAAUGGAAUAUCAUCGCCGAUGUCAUGAGAGAAAAGAACCAUAUCCCAUUCAUGGAUUGCGCCUAUCAAGGCUAUGCAAGUGGUGAUUUGGACUACGAUGCUUACAGUGCACGUCUCUUUUUAAAUCGUGGUUUCGAGAUGUUCUCUGCUCAAUCAUACUCCAAGAACUUCGGUCUCUAUGGUGAAAGAACUGGUGCCCUCACCAUUGUUUCUCAUCGUGAAGAUGUAAUUCCAAAGAUGUUAUCUCAACUCAAAAUGGAUAUCCGUGCAAUGUACUCCUCCCCACCAACCCAUGGUGCUCGUCUCGUCACCACCGUUCUCUCUGACCCAGAAUUAACUGCACUUUGGGUCAAAGAACUUAAAGAAAUGUCUGGUAGAAUCAAAGAUGUUCGUCAAAAGGUUUUAGAUGCUCUCAUCGCCCGUAAAGUACCAGGUAAUUGGGAACAUAUCGUCAAUCAAAUUGGUAUGUUCACCUAUACAGGUUUAACCAAACCACAAGUUGAUAUCCUUGUAAAUAAAUAUCAUAUUUAUCUUUUAGGUAGUGGUAGAGUUUCUUUAGCUGGUUUAAAUAAUAAAAAUAUAGAUUAUUUUGCUGAUGCAAUUUUAGAUGCUGUAACUUCAACUCAAUAA